CUGGGAUCGAGGCUAAGACUAAAUUAGAUAUUGUAAUCAAGAUGUUGAUGUUUUGUUUCUUUGUACUAGUUGCUGUUGUCAGCUUCUAUGUUCUGAUGAAGAAAUCAUAUUCCAAGAAAAUAAGAUAUAUUCCUCCAAUUGAAGAUGUGCUGUUAAAGCCCGAGCAAAUCACUGCGAACAUUUUUAGUUACAAAACUCCGUUAUUAUCUGGCUACCCUCUUACAAUAUUGUCUUACAUCUAUCUCACAACGUUGGGGAGGAUUUUAGUCGCUCGGCUUAUAAUUCCAAUGAGCAAGUUGAACAUUUUCUCCGACUGUUUUACCGGAAGUUCCUUCAUUGACCCACUCUGUACCUCCACCAUGCUUCUCAGAAAAGGAAAACAAAAGCAUUUUGAACUCUCUUCUUGGCCGUAUCAAAAAGUACCCAAACUGUACGUCUUCUUCUCAUUACUACAAUGCUUACAAGUCUGGACAAACGACACCUUUGGAGAUUGCUCAUACCGUUCUGGCGGCUAUUGAAGACUCUAACAGGGGAGAAAAAGCUCUUCGAGCUAUCGUCUCAUUCAACCGUGAACUGAUUUCGUCUAUGGCCGAGGCCUCGACUGAGAGGUGGAAGAAUGGUUCUCAACUGUCUGUGAUCGAUGGAGUACCCAUAUCAGUCAAAGAGGAUAUUCCUGUUGAAGGCUACUCUUGCACUUGUGGUACCACCUUUGUUCCUAAUUGUGUUACAAAGCUUGGCAAAACAUCUUUGACGGUCCAAAAACUCGUUGACGAUGGAGCUAUCAUUAUUGGUUUGACUAACAUGCCUAGGCUUGGUUGUAACUCGGUGGGAAGCUGCGAGAACAAUGUGCACGGACAACCUCGAAAUCCUCACAACACAAACUUCUUUUCCGGGGGCAGUUCAUCAGGUUGUGCAGUGAGUGUAGCUGCCGGUCUUUGUCCUAUUUCUGUCGGAGGAGAUGGUGAAGGGUCAGGCCGAGUUCCAGCUGCUGUGUGUGGCGUGUAUGCUCUAAAAUGUACGCACGGGUUAAUGUCUACAGAUGUAGAAUCCUACGGAUCUUUGUUUUCCUUUUCAGUCAAAAGCCCGCUGACAAGUUCUCCAUUUGAUUUGGCUGUAUAUAUUGAGGCAGUUUGCGAUAAAAAAUCGGCCCUCGAUUUUACUGUUUUGAGUGAAAGUUUGUCUUCUCUUUCUGGACUGACUAUUGGCGUUUAUUCUGAUUGGAUGGAAAAUGCUGACAAAGAAACUGUUGUUGUUUUCAAAGAUGCCAUUGAGAAGAUGAAGCGUCUAGGUGCUGAGGUGAAGGAUAUUAAGAUUCCAGAGCUUGAAGAGAUACGAGUUGCUCAUACAAUAACGUCUGUCACUGAGCUUUCUUCAAUAAUGGGGGAAGAUGUUACUAAUCACUUCUCUGAGCUUGGUCCAGGGGCUAUCUUGAUAUCUGUCAUGGGACGAUGUUUCUCAGCAAUCGAAUCCACCAACGCAAUGAAGCAACGUACAAGAACUAUCAAAGCUCUAAAAAGUAUUUUUACCGAAGUCGAUGUCAUUGCUACACCAACAGCUGGUUGUCCGAUACCCCGAAUAACACCCGAGUACCUCACAGUGCACGGAGCUUUCGACGGUGAAGCAAUUGGAAAAUUAGAAACGUUCACCUUUCUUGCUAGUUUCACCGGAUUGCCAGCCAUAACUAUUCCUGUAGGAUUGUUGGGCGAGAACUUGCCUGUUGGCCUGCAAUUGAUAGCUCCGUGGUAUCAUGAUCUCGAUCUUAUCAAGUAUGCAUUGGCUAUUGAAGACAGUGGGACUUUCCCUAGGCCCAAUCCAGACAAGUCAUACGAUAUUAUUAAAACUGCAAGUCAUUGAACUUUUAAUUAGUUAAUUUUGUAUGUAUUCCCUACCAUAAAAAUUUUUCUAUAUGCAUUCUUGCUUAUUCCGUAA